AUGGAAAGAGAGCACUAUCAGCCCAGACUAGCGUCCAGACUAGCGCCCAAAGGGGAUACCUGUGUUGCGCUCUCAGUUCGCGCAGCUGACGGCAUCAUCAGCGACACCGAGGACGGCAUUUCCUGCAGAGGCGGAGGCAGAGACCUCCUCCACCCCUGGCUGUCCAUAGACCUAGGCUGCCUCGUCAACGUCAACGGAAUUGUGCUGUACAACCGCCGGGACUGUCGAGGAGAGCUGCUGGCGAACGUGGAGACCCAUAUAGGUGACGUGCUGAGCCUAGCAGGAGGUAAUGCCACCGCCGCGCCUAUAGCUUGCAGUGCUUACUGCUUGGGACUCUGUCCAAGCAGCAGACUGCUCUUUGCUGCAGUACGGCGCAAUGUACGGCAUUACGGCAUGGUGCUGCCCGCCAGCACCCAGCCUGAUGAGGGCUCUUGCUGCCAGACCUGCUUCUCCCGGGCCGACUGCGCCGAAUGGCCGACUACAUCUACAGCAGCCGUACAUGCCGCCUUUGGCCGGACAGCCCCUUUGGCUGGAGGCGGACCAGGCCUCCCCAACGUGUAUGAGGGAUCAUGGGUGGAGACUUUCAACCAGGCUGGCUUUUCCGUGUGCGGCCUUGACCACCAAGGGUACGGCAGGUCCAAAGGCGCCCGCUUCGGAAUCAAGUUCCAAACACACGUGGACAACCUCUUAAUGCUGUCUGGAGACGUGUUGGAAAAUGACAACACGGCUUUUCCAAAAGGACUUCCGUACUUUUUGGUGGGACACAGCCUAGGUGGGCUCCUCGCGACCCUAGCUUGCUUACAUCAGCCCCAGCUAUUCACCGGGUUGAUCCUUUUGUCGCCUCUGCUCUCCCUGGACCGCCCCAUUGCUAAGAGGAACAACAGCCUGAGGUCUCUCUCGCUGAUGAGUUUCUCUGUUCACGUGUUUUAUGUGUUUUGUUGUUACACGUGUUGA